AUGCAUUCGCUCGUUUUCCUGCUAUUCGCGUCCGUCGUUCAUUCGUAUCUCCCGCUCAAACCGGGCACCAAUUUGGCCGAAGAACAGUUUCUGAAGAAUCGAAACGAAACGGAAACGGAAGGUUCCGGAGAGGAAAUCGGUGAGGGACCAGAGAAAAGAGUACGGUAGAACGAGCGAUUCUUUCCAGAACAGUUUCUGAUUUCCGAGAACUCCACAGCCUUUUCUGCUUCUCCGACCACCACUUUUCCCUCGAGUUCUGUCCCGCCUGUACCCAUAAAAUGCUAUGAUAUUUCAAAGAAAUGCUCCAAGAUCAAAAGCCUGUGCACUCGUCAGGAAUACCGAACUGUGAGUGUUUCUUCCGAGUUCUAACCGGUCCGUUCCCUCCAGAUAAUGGUCCGUCAGUGCGCCAAGACGUGCGACGCGUGUGCCCAAUUCGCGAGACUUCCGCACGCCGCCCGAUGCCGCGACUCUUUCCACAGGUACCUAAACAAGAAAUGGAUAAAAGUUCGAAAGUGUUUUUGACCGAAUAAACCCUUUUUGAAGCUGUCCGAUUUGGGCCAAGAAUGGUUUCUGCCACACGACUUAUUACACUUUGGAAGAGCGCAAAGAUUCGUGCCGCAAGAGUUGUGAGGACUGCUGA